GCCCUCGGACGGGGCCGCCCGGAUGGAACGCCGCGCCCCAGCCCCUGAGCGCCGCUGAGCCGAGACCCUCACCGCGGCGAGCCGCUGUCUCCAUCACCCUCGGGCCGGGAUCCGUGUCCCCCGUCCCUGGAAAGCUGGAUUUCCGAGGCUGGAGGCGCCUGGCAAACUGGGUGGGGACCACCAUGGGCAACGCGGCUGGCAGCGCCGAGCAGCCCGCGGGCCCCACUGCAUCGCCCCCCAAGCAGCCCGCGGCUCCCAAGCAGCCGAUGCCCGACGCGGGAGAGCUGGAGGAGAGGUUCAACCGUGUCCUGAACUGCAUGAACUUGCCCCCAGACAAGGUGCAGCUGCUGAGCCAGUAUGACAACGAGAAGAAAUGGGAACUUGUCUGCGACCAGGAGCGAUUUCAAGUCAAGAACCCCCCUGCAGCCUACAUCCAGAAGCUGAAGAGCUACCUGGAUACUGGUGUGGUCAGCCGGAAGGUGGCAGCUGAUUGGAUGCCCAACUUGGGGUUUAAGAGGCGAGUUCAGGAGUCCACACAGGUGCUGCGGGAGCUGGAGAUCUCCCUGAGGACAAAUCACAUUGGGUGGGUGCAGGAGUUCCUCAACGAGGAAAACCGUGGCCUGGAUGUACUGCUUGAGUACUUGGCCUUUGCUCAGUGCUCCGUCACGCAUGACAUGGAGAGCACAGACAACGGGGCACCCAACACGGAGAAGAGCAAGCCCCUGGAGCAGUCAGUGGAGGAUCUCAUCAAGGGUCCCCCCUCAUCUUGCCCACCACAGCCUAAGAGUCGCCAUCUGACCGUCAAGCUGACCUCAGCCCACAGCAAGAAAGCUCUGCGGCAUUCCCGUAUCGUCAGCCAGAAGGAUGACGUUCAUGUCUGCAUCAUGUGCUUGCGUGCCAUCAUGAACUACCAGUCCGGCUUCAGCCUUGUCAUGAACCAUCCCGCCUGUGUCAACGAGAUUGCUCUGAGUCUCAACAACAAGAACCCCAGAACCAAGGCUCUGGUGCUGGAGCUGCUGGCAGCCGUGUGCCUGGUGCGGGGGGGACAUGACAUCAUUCUUGCGGCCUUUGACAACUUCAAGGAGGUGUGUGGGGAGCAGCACCGCUUUGAGAAGCUGAUGGAAUAUUUCCGGAAUGAGGACAGCAGCAUCGACUUCUUGGUGGCCUGCAUGCAAUUCAUCAACAUUGUGGUACACUCAGUGGAGAAUAUGAACUUCCGUGUCUUCUUGCAAUAUGAGUUCACCCACCUGGGUCUAGACCUGUACUUGGAGAGGCUGCGGCUGACGGAGAGUGACAAGCUGCAGGUGCAGAUUCAGGCAUACCUGGACAAUGUCUUUGAUGUGGGCUCACUGCUAGAGGACACGGAGACCAAGAACGCAGUGCUGGAACAUAUGGAGGAGAUGCAGGAACAGGUGGCGAUGCUGACAGAGAGGCUUCGGGACGCAGAGAACGAAUCCAUGGCCAAGAUCGCCGAGCUGGAAAAGCAGCUAAGCCAGGCCCGCAAGGAGCUGGAGACCCUGCGGGAGCGCUACAACGAGUCUACUACCGUGGGCGCCUCCAGGCAUCCCCUAGAGCCUGAGAAAGUGCCUCCCCGCACCUCAGCGCGGCCCUCGGCCCUAGAGCUGAAGGUGGAGGAGCUGGAGGAGAAGGGGUUAAUCCGCAUCCUGCGGGGGCCCGGGGACGCUGUCUCCAUCGAGAUCCUCCCGGUCACUGUGGCAACUCCAAGCAGCGGUGAUGCCCUUACUCCGACUCCGGGAGUGUCCACGGGCUCCCCCAGUCCAGCAGAGCCUGCUCCAGGAGCAGCGCUCCCACCCCUGCUUCCAGGCUCCGCUCCCCAAGAGGAAUCCCCGCCCCCGGCGCCCCCAGCGGCCCCGCCACUCCCGGGCAGCGCAGACCUCCCACCCGCGCCACCGCUGCCAGGAGACCUGCAGCCCCCACCGCCGCCCCCCCCACCGCCCCCACCUCCACCUCCGGGCACUGAUGGGUCUAUGCCGCCACCGCCCCCACCGCCCCCAGGAGGCCUGUCUGAUGGCUUUGGAGGGCCUGGCCAGGAGAUGGGCCCAGGAGUGAAGGCCAAGAAACCCAUCCAGACCAAGUUCCGAAUGCCGCUUUUAAACUGGGUGGCCCUGAAACCCAAUCAGAUCACGGGCACAGUCUUCACAGAGCUCAAUGAUGAGAAGGUGCUGCAGGAGCUAGACAUGAGUGACUUCGAGGAGCACUUCAAGACUAAGUCCCAAGGCCCCAGCCUGGACCUCAGCGCCCUCAAGGGCAAGGCAUCCCAGAAGGCCUCUACCAAGGCAAUACUCAUUGAGGCCAACCGGGCCAAGAACCUGGCCAUCACCCUGCGCAAAGGGAACUUGGGGGCUGACCGCAUCUGCCAGGCCAUUGAAAUGUAUGACCUGCAUGCCCUUGGCCUGGACUUCCUGGAGCUGCUGACCCGCUUCCUGCCCACGGAAUAUGAGCGCAGCCUCAUCGCCCGCUUUGAGCGGGAGCAGCGGCCCAUGGAGGAGCUGUCAGAUGAGGACCGCUUCAUGCUGCGCUUCAGUCGAAUCCCACGCCUGCCUGAGCGCAUGGCCACGCUCACCUUCCUGGGCAACUUCUCGGACACUGCCCAGAUGCUCAUGCCGCAACUGAAUGCCAUCAUUGCAGCCUCAAUGUCCAUCAAGUCCUCAGACAAACUCCGCCAGAUCCUAGAGAUUGUUCUGGCCUUCGGCAACUACAUGAACAGCAGCAAGCGUGGAGCAGCCUAUGGCUUCCGGCUCCAGAGUCUGGAUGCGCUAUUGGAGAUGAAGUCAACUGAUCGCAAGCAGACACUGCUGCACUACCUGGUAAAGGUCAUUGCUGAGAAGUACCCCCAGCUCACAGGCUUCCACAGCGACCUGCACUUCCUGGACAAGGCAGGCACAGUAUCCCUGGACAGCGUUUUGGGGGACGUGCGCUCCCUGCAGCGAGGUCUGGAGUUGACACAGCGGGAGUUUAUGCGGCAGGACGACUGCAUGGUGCUCAAGGAGUUCCUGAGGGCCAACACACCCACCAUGGACAAACUGCUGGCAGACUGCAAGACGGCUCAGGAGGCCUACGAGUCCGUGGUGGAGUACUUCGGGGAGAAUCCCAAGACCACAUCCCCCUCCAUGUUCUUUUCCCUCUUUAGCCGCUUCAUCAAGGCAUACAAGAAAGCUGAACAGGAGGUGGAACAGUGGAAGAAAGAAGCAGUUGCCCAGGAGGCAGGCACCGAUGCCCCGGACAGAGGGGAGCCCUCAGGACCCAAGUCGCCGCCCAAGGCCCGGCGGCAGCAGAUGGACCUCAUCUCGGAGCUGAAACGGAAGCAGCAGAAGGAGCCGCUCAUCUACGAGAGUGACCGCGAUGGGGCCAUCGAAGACAUCAUCACAGAUUUGCGGAACCAGCCCUACAUCCGCGCAGACACAGGCCGCCGCAGUGCUCGCCGGCGCCCUCCGGGUCCCCCCCUGCAGGUCACCUCUGACCUCUCGCUGUAGCUGCUAUCCCCUCAGAUGGAUUCUGCAAGGGGUGUAGGCCGGAACUCAAGAAAGGUGGUCCUCAGCUCGGCUGGGCCGGGCAGCCCCCUCCUCCGCUGUCCCCCACCAUGGACCGGCACUUCUCUCUCUUGCCACAGGGGGCAGCAUCGGGGCCUCUCUCCGCAAAUGCUGCUUGCAGCACCCCCUCUCCCCAAAAGCCAUACUUAGCCCUAGCGGGAGCCUGGCCUAUAACUUAUAAAGUGCAGCCUCGUCCCUCCCCACCAACUCCCCAGCCCCGGGGAGUCUCCGUGGACCUUAUUUUUAUACGAGAUUAAUAAAGAUGUUUGCAAAAGAUGCGCGUCGGCCCAGUGCCUGCCCCCAAGGCGCAGCCUCGUUUUGCUCGGUAAACGCUUUACUUGUACAGGCUCUUCACUGCAGGUCUCUGCAAACAGGCCGGCGAAGGGGAGGACAGCUGCUUCUGCACUAGGGUUGGCGGAGAGGGAGGCAGCUUCAAGUGGC